GCCCAGUGGUGGGAGCCGAAGACGAGAAAUUAUAACAGCAGGGUACGGAACCGAGCAGGCGGAUAAGACGGUGUGUGUUUGGGGUUGACAGUGCUCGAUGCCAUCACCUUAUUACACGGUAACGUAGUGAUGCGAUGUGAGACACCCGGCGAGGCUUGGACAGCGCCGUUAAACCGGUUAAACCGACUGUGGACUUGCCAGCCGCAAAGACUUGACUGACUCCAGAUAAAAACAACCCUGCGAUGUUUUUACAUUUCCCAGUGUCCUGAAAAACUGCAGACUUCAAGCCAAGCGAUAGCGCUUCAUUGAACCACCACCAGGAGUGAGAGAUAUAUAGGCUUCAAACUCCAGUUCAACAAAAAAAAGACAUCAUGUCUUCCAGGGAGCGUCGGUCAGAUGUCUACAUCAAGGCAGAACCGAGUAGUCCAGAGGGAGGUGGGGGAGGUCGGACCAGCCCUGGCGGGGCCUCCUCAGACUCCUCUCAAAGUGGAGGUGGAGGAACCAGAGGAGACAGCACUAAACGUUACUCCCCGCCACUCUACACGCCAGCUCUGCGUUGUCACUUCAAAGAUGAGGGUGGUGAUGGGGCAGAGGAGGGCUCCACUGGAAAUGGAGCAGGGCGAUGCAAGUAUGCCCUGAGUACGCUACCCAAGAGGCUCUGUUUAGUAUGUGGAGAUGUGGCUUCAGGUUACCACUAUGGCGUGGCAUCAUGUGAGGCCUGCAAGGCAUUCUUCAAGAGAACCAUUCAAGGUAACAUUGAAUACAGCUGUCCAGCUUCAAAUGAGUGUGAGAUCACCAAAAGGCGCAGAAAGGCUUGCCAGGCAUGCCGCUUCACGAAGUGCCUCAAAGUAGGCAUGCUGAAAGAGGGAGUUCGUCUUGACAGGGUCCGAGGUGGAAGACAGAAGUACAAAAGACGCCCAGAAGUGGAGAAUGCAACAUACCAGAAUGCCCCUCUACCACUGACAAAGGAGAGUGAAAAAGGUUCCUCCAACAUCAUUGUGUCCCACCUCCUAGUAGCAGAGCCUGAAAAGUUAUUUGCCAUGCCCGACCCUCUGCAGCCUGACACAGCCCAGCGGACGCUCACCACCCUCUGUGACCUUGCUGACCGUGAGCUGGUUGUCAUCAUUGGCUGGGCCAAACACAUUCCAGGCUUUCUGUCACUGUCCCUAGCAGAUCAGAUGUCCGUGCUUCAGUCAGUGUGGCUGGAGGUGCUGGUGCUGGGUGUAGCGUACCGCUCGCUUGGCUGUGAGGACGAAGUGGUGUUUGCAGAGGAUUUUGUCCUUGAUGAGGAGAUGUCACGUGUUGCAGGACUGACAGAGCUAAAUGCAGCAAUUAGUCAACUUGCUCGCCGUUUCCGCGCACUAAAUGUGGACCGGGAAGAAUUUGUCAUGCUAAAAGCCAUCGCACUCACUAACUCAGACUCUGUUUACAUCGAGGAUAUGGAGGCUGUGCAAAAGCUGCGGGACCUCCUCCACCAGGCCCUGCUGGAGCUGGAAUGUCAGCGGCGCCCAGAUGACCCACAGCGGGCAGGACGCCUCCUUUUAACAUUGCCUCUCCUCCGACAGACUGCUGGUCGUGCUCUUACCACCUUCUACAGCAUCAAGACCCGUGGAGGUGUUCCCAUGCACAAACUAUUCCUGGAGAUGCUGGAAGCCAUGAUGGACUCUCCCUAGAGCAUAUAGCAGCAGAAGUAAAGAGGAUGCAGCGAAAGACCCAACAGAGGUCUAGUCUUCAAGAGUGGAUGAGUGGUUUUUGAGAAAGCAAAGAUUUUGUUAGAGUAUUAAUGAUGAGGAAAAUGGUCCUUUUACCCUUUAGGCUACAUGAAGAGAGAAAAAGAAUAUGACAAAAGAAAAACCAUAUGUAUUGUCUCUAAGUGGGAAUGCGUUACUUACAGUAAGGUGUAACUGCCAAACUUCAGUUAAAGGCUUCAAGAUCCAAGAGUGAAAACAUUUAACAUGAAUGCCAGAAUACUUCUCAGUUUCAAAUAUUUUCAUGGUGUGUUCCAUCACAGCCUCAAUCUGCAGUUGCAUAACCACUGAAGAACAACAUUUAGGUACCCAAGACCAGACUGCAAUCAUGUGACUCUUGAACUUUUUAAAAUAAUGCAGCAUCUACUCAUUAAAGCCAUUAUAAAAUAAACACCGAAAGUCUCAAGGGUCCAGUAUAGGGUCAGAUUGACAUGCACAUGGAGUGCUUGUAUUCACUAUAGUUUAGUGUGCCGUUGUAGGCAAAUUCAUAGGAAUUACUUGCAAUAUGUUAAAAGCAAUAUAGUGACUCGAUUAUUUUCUGUCACAUUUGAAAUGCGGAUAAUAUGGUCAGACAUCUAGUUAUGCUUGUAUAUCAGUAGUUCUCCAGUCUCAGGACCCCAGGUGCUGAUUUUUUAAAAUUCUAGCUUCUAGUAGAGCCUGGUUUGGGCUGGGGAUGCCAGGUGCGUAGAUUUAAAAAACCUUGUAGGAGAGAAAACGACAGCACUUUGGGGGUUAAAUACUGGAAUCGGGAACCACUGGUGUACAUAGUAGGUGCAGGAUUCUUUAUAAAAGGUUGUGCAAUUGAUUUGUAGUCCAGGAGAAAUGCAUACGAAGAUUGUGUGCUCAUUAAAUGCUCUACUUGGAAGGUAAUAUAUUCAGUGUUGUAUGUAAGUCCUAUCGGCACACGAAGAACUGGCUUCCAUACAAGCAAGUGUGUGUGUACGUGUGCAGUCAAGACCAGUAAGCUACACUGAGAUCAGGGAAGAACACAGCUCUGACAUUAAAGCCAGUGUGGCAACAUCAGUGGUUAGAAAAGAAAUGCAUAUGCCUCAUCUGCUUUUUUAUACUAUCUUCCAUUAGUUCUAUUCUACUGUUUUUGUCUUCAGCAGAUGUGCUGUUCAAAAAUAAUGGUCUGAACUAUUUGACCGGUUGACCAUUUGUGGGCUGUAAUGUAUAACACUAACCCAUAUGUAUGAUUUCUAGGUUUAUGAUGAGAUUUUGCGGCAUUUUCUGCAGAAGGGAAGAGUGUUGCAUAAAAGAUCUCAAUUGUUUCAAUACAAGAUCCCUCCUUUGUGUAUGUACAUCUGUUGAACUUUAACUUGUAAGUGCCCGUAAAGGGCUCAGGGCAACAAGAAAUGCAACAUAUGCAACAUCUUCGUUUUGGAUGUUGAAACCUUGUCUGACAACUUCCUGAAAGUCCUACUCAUUGUUCAGCAGGUUUGUAUACUUACAAUAUAAAUGAUCAUUACAGUAAGCUUCACAUGCAAUGCAAAGCUAUAAUAUCUGAUGUCAAAAUCAGAUCCCUAAAAAUAAUAGUUGAUGGCCAAGGGGCCAUUUAGCCAUGUACAGUUCCAUUAAAAUAAACAGAAACAUGCAAUUUAUAGUGGAAGAUAAAGCCAGCAAAUGUGAUACAAAUUCCCCAUUACAAUUAUAUUUGUGCAGCUUACAGUGUACUGAAAUUUGUAAAGACUUGAAAACUCCUUUUUCAUACAUUUUCCUUUCUAGGAUUUAAGGGUAUUUUAUUUACAUUGACACACUUGUGGAUUUGGUAUUGGAAUUAAGCUUUCCAUUCAUGAUAUUAUGAAUGCUAAUUGUUUUUUUUUUUUUUUUUUUACGUAAGCAGUUGUGUGUUUUCUGAAGCUGAUUGUCAUUUAGGGAUCAAUUUACAUGGCUCUAUAGAUCCAGCUGCAUGGUUAGGCUACAGAGGGCUACCUCAGGAGGCAGAGUAAGCCAGAUGGCCAAGUAACUGUGGAGGUGUAAUUCUUGAUCUUUUGACUUGUCAAGUUAAAUUUGAAUAUUAGGUACGUUGAAUGUCCUGCAGUUGUGCAAACACUUGAGAUCAUUUUUCUUUGUUGUCAUAACUCUAAGGUAUAUAUGGCUCAUUAAUCAUGCUUUAUAAGAUGCCCCAUGGUACAAAGUGUCUCGCGCCGGGGGGAGGGCAAGCCUACAGUUGAUAUGGUUUCACAGGAUUAAUGGUGCAGCUUGAAAGUGCUGGAGGUCAUUUGUUGCAGUUCAAAUUGGAAACAGUUCAUCCUGUAACACAGGUUUAGUAUUAGCCACAGCAAGCACUGUGGAGCAGGGACAGAUACAUCUGGCAAAAUGUGACUCUGAUUCACCUGUUUGGUUUUGUUUUCAUAGGUUACAGCUUACAUAUUCCUGUCAUCUAAGAGGAUUUUUGGUCUGUGAUUUGUUUACUAACCUAAUUUCUCGAAUAGUGAUCACUAAUAGUGAUUUCUGAAGCAAACAAAUAAAAUUGACGCCUGGGUUGAAUUAGAACUUUUAAAACUUCAUUUACAUAAAGGUACAUUUUUUCAUUAGCAUACAAAUAUGUUUUAGGUAAGUUUGGUUAGGGUGAAGGCAGGGUCAUUUGCAGUGUCACUUAAAAUUAUACAGUCAUUUGUAGUUUCUAUUAAAUAUGUGUGCAUUAAUAUAAAUGAGCAAUACAAUAAAUUACCAAACCUCACACAUUUCCUUGUAUAGCCACAGUGUACAUUUAGCAUUGCCAGUUAUACUGAAGAAUAGCUACUAAACGUUAUAUUAUUUAGAGUUCAAAUCAAUGUUUGUAUUUUGAAAGACUAUUUAAAUGAUUAAAUUCUAUUUUUUACUCAAUUUACUGUUGUUUGUUGACACUGCUUUAUUUUUGUGUGUGAUAUUGGCUGUGAAUUUCUGUGUUUAGGCAAUUUUUUUUCCCCAUUUAGAUAGAACAGUUUGAUGUCCUUGUCUAAACAUGUCCACAUAAAAAUCACUGUGAAAAAAGUGAGAUCUUCCACUGUCACACGCAACAGGGAGUGGAUUAUUGUAGGUGCUUUGUGUUGUGUAAUAA